UGACUUGUUUAUCUUUGUCCCACUUACCAAUAUACCAAAACUGUAAUUUUCUUUUUUUAUUUUUGCUGAUAAAUUUGGGUACCCUAAGUUUCCUUUCCUUUUUCUUUCUCCGUCUCUUUAGAUGCAUGAAUGAAACUAACAACAUCUGAGCUCAUCUUGAAUAUGCUUUGAGGUAGUAAGAAGGCCUAAAAAUGGAUCAUAGAGACAGGCAAUCUAUUGAACAUCAAAAGAAAGAUCCUCAACAACACCCCCACCCAUGUUUUACUAAUUUCACAACUCACCAUCAGCAGCAGAAAUGGGAAGAUCCUUCCCUAUUAGAUUACAGCACCAGGAUUGAACCUCCUUUCCAGGCAUUCAACCCAAACUGUCAAACCAAAUCUUCAUUUCCAUGUAACCCCAAUAACCAAAUCAAGGUCCCUGACCCUCUUAUGAAUGAGUUGCUUCAAGCCAGCAAAGUCCAAGAUUGGGAUCCAAGUGCAAUGCUAAACAAUCUGUCAUUCCUGGAGCAGAAGAUCCAUCAGCUUCAGGGUCUGGUGCAUUCCAUCAUUGGGAGAGGGGGUCAAGUUUUGGGGCAACCAGAUGAACUUGUAGAUCAGCAACAGCAGCUCAUCACUGCUGCUCUCACUUCGAUUAUAGUUCAGUUGAUAUCUACUGCUGGUAGUCUCCUUCCAUCUGUUAAGCACCAUACACUUUGUGGUGCACCACCCGUUGCAUCUCUUGCACAGUUUCAGCCACAAAAUGGUGGUGGGAACAGUGUCCCUGAGUUGCCUAACACUGUUGAUGUUAGUAGUAACAGUGGGGAGCAGCAGAAUCAUGUAAUGGAGGAACAUGAAAUGAAAGAUGAGGAAGAUGCUGAGGAAUUAGGGGAGAGUCUUUUCCCAGGCACCUAUGAGAUAUUGCAGUUAGAAAAGGAAGAAAUCCUUGCACCCCAUACUCAUUUCUGCACUAUAUGUGGGAAAGGAUUCAAAAGAGAUGCCAAUUUAAGGAUGCACAUGAGAGGGCAUGGUGAUGAGUACAAAACACCAGCAGCACUAGCUAAACCCAAUAAAGAAUCCAGUUCUGAACCAGCUCUUAUUAAGAGAUAUUCAUGCCCUUUUGCUGGUUGCAAGAGGAACAAGGAUCACAAAAAGUUCCAGCCUCUGAAAACCAUCUUAUGUGUCAAAAACCAUUACAAGAGAUCCCACUGUGACAAGAGCUACAUCUGCAGCAGGUGCCACACCAAGAAAUUCUCAGUGAUUGCUGAUCUCAAAACUCAUGAGAAGCAUUGUGGUAAAGAUAAAUGGCUAUGUUCGUGCGGCACCACGUUUUCGAGGAAAGAUAAGCUGUUUGGUCACAUAGCUCUUUUCCAGGGUCACACUCCAGCAAUUCCCCUGGAUGAAACUAAAGGACCCAUUGCCCCAUCUGACCCUGGAGAUGGCAGUGAAGCAACAAAUGUGGUCGGAAGCAUGAAUUUCUUCAACUUUGGUAGUGAAAAUGGGGUGGAUGUCAAAGGCAGCCUUGAUGAUCCUGCUGCUUAUUUCUCACCAUUGAACUUUGAGACAUGUAACUUUGGUGGGUUUCAUGAGUUCCCUCGACCGGCAUCCGAUGAUUCGGAGACUUCAUUGGCAUUUCUCCUUUCAGGAACGUGUAGUUACAAUAAUAAUAAUAAUAAUGAUGUUGAGAGGUCUUGAAUAUUGAUGGUAGACUAGACUAGAUUGUAUUCUUCCUUGAAUUAGGGAGCUAUUAAUUUGUGUUAGAUUUGUAUGGUAAGGCAACCACUGUGUACUUAGUUGUUUAAAUAAAAUGAUAUUUUUAUUGAAGAGAAA